UAAGGCAGUUGUCUAUGUUCGGUCUUUGAAUUCAUUAACAUUUGUUAUAGGCUAGAUAUUGGAUGCUAAGGUUUAAAGAACUAUCAGUGCCAUAUUUUUGAGCAUCAAAUGCAUUACAAGAGUUUUAAGUCACUACCUUAGAGGUUUAUUCUUUUUGUGUUUUUAAAUAUAUUCAUGAAAGUAAGUCCUAGGGAUGUCAUGUUCAGCAUCAUGACUGUAUUGUAUAUUUGAAAGAUGCUAAGAGAGUAGAUCUUAAAAGCUCUCAUCACAUCUAUGUGUGGUGAUGGAUGUUAACUAGACUUGUGAUUAUUUUACAAUAUAAACAAACAUUGAAUCAUUCUUUUGGAUACCUGGAACUAAUAUAAUGUUAUAUGUCAGUUAUAUCUCAAUUAAAAAUAAACAUAUUCGUUUGACAAAUAUUAAACUAUAUUUGGCACACAGUACAUUUUUGGGUAAAGCUCUUACCAACAGUGAACAGGCCACAAAAGAAUACAUUUAUGAUCAUCAAAAGUUUCACUGUUGAGCCUGACUUUUAAUAUUUGAAAGUAAAUGUUUUAUUGCUUUAAGGCCUAACUUGUCUCAUUGGAAAUUUUGUUCAAUAAUCAUAUUCUUAGGGCUAAAAAGAGUUCAGUACACAAUUUAUUUCUGCACAGAUGACAAAACAUUUGAACUCCUAGAGAGAAGCUCUAUUUAAACAUUGUGACCUUCAUUUUAUUAGGUACUCUAGUUUACACUGCACAUGUGAUGGAUUCAAAAAUAUACAGAGUCUAAACCCACAAAUAGUAUUUUGUGUUCAAGCCACCUCUAGACCAGAGUUAUUUGGGGUUCAAAAUAGACAAAGCAGUUUUACAAAGGAGUCUAACUAUUGAUUAGCACUUUAAAAAAAACAGAAAAGAAAAUCCUAUCCACAUUUUGGUGGGAAUAAAAUGUGGUAAGUACAAAAAGCAGGUGGUCACUUGUAGCUUUUUUUUUUUAAUGAAGCUGUAUGGGAAAAGUUAUGAAAAAAGUAAGUAUAACACAAAGUUACAUUUCCAGAAUUAAAUACUUCUUGGGUAUUUACAUGUGACAUCCAUAGCAGGCUGAGGUCCCGUGGAUACUGGCUGGCUGGCAGAGUCAGCUAACCCAAUACAGGAGUCCCAGGUGCUUCUGCUUACACUCAUAUUCGGUCCAAGUAUACUUUAGUGCUCAAGUGUUGGGUCAUGCCCUUGGCCACUUCCAUCAUUUGAGUGAGAGUAAACAAUAAAUAGGAUCUGACUGAGUUAUGUUUGGAAAGAUUCUCCAUAAAUGAGACAUUGUGUAUGAAAUGCCAGGAAAGAGCCCAGUAAAUGUUAGCUUUUAAAAAAUUCUGCACUUGCAUUGGAUGGAACCCAGAAAUAGCAAUGAAAGCCAUUGUUGCUUCCAAUCUGGGAAGCCCGUCUGCAACGAUUUUUUUCAAACUCUUGAGGAUCUCAGUGUUGUGUUGUACUGUGUUCUGAUUCACAGGAUAAAAAUAAAGUUGGGCUAACUGUAAUUUUGUCAUGCUCCCUUUGUACAGUUUUGAGCUCACUUUAAAAUAAGCAAUCUUGGGUAGACUUCCUGGUCUUUGUAUCAGACUUGCAGACAAAGUACCUAUUCUCCCAAAUGCUUUUCAUGUGGGCACAGGGAGAGGAGAGGAGGGGGCAUAAUAUUACUUACCAGAAUGAAUGGGAUGAAUGACAAUGCCUUGCUGGAUAAAUAUCUUAGGUAAAUUCAAAUUCAUAACAGAAGCAUAGACACUGUGUUCUCACAAAUGUUAAUGCUACAACACAAAGGUGUGCGGACCAUGUGGAAAGCCCUAGUUUAUCACUUUACAGAGACUCUACUUCCAAAACUAGGGAGUAUUUCCUCCCCCCCCCCCCCCCCCCCGCUCUCAGGGGUCAUUGACCCACAGGAGAAAAAUAAUAAUAAAGGGUCACAGAAGGGGUUAAAAGGAACUCAAUUUGGUUCUCACUGAUUAUUUUUAAAAUAUUUUUAAAAGUCACAAUAAAAAGUGAAACUUACCUAGUUUAAAAUUUAAGAAGAGGAUAAAACAAAACUUUAUUCAGUAUGUCCAAUGAUGGAAAUGCUUUAAAUUCUGCUUCAGUUCCAGUAUGGCCAGUAAUGGGGUGGGGAAAAGGACUGGAAAAACAAAAGGGACAAGGGGAAAAAACCUGGAGAGGUAAAGGGAGAGACUGAGACCAAGCAAGAGUCAAGAAAAAACACACCAACAAUGGGAAGAGGCUUUUUGGAUUACUUUUUUUUUUUUUUUAAACUUUUUUAAAAACCUGUUUUGUAAAACCCUGUUACAACUCUUCAUCUUUAUCUUUUUUUUUUCCUUCCAGGCAAGGCUUUGCGGGGAAUCCUGCUGCAGCACUAGGGAGCGAAAACAACAGUAGUAAGUCUCUUACCCGGCUAGCAAGCUGCGAAUGUUCUAUUUCUUGGAAGAGCUGCAUUUUGGACCUCAUAAAACCCUCAAAGGAGAGACCUGGACUAUGAACGAGUUCCCUGCAUGGAUUCAAUCACUGAGCAUCACCCCAGCCUGCCCCCAGCGUAAACCCAGCCCUUUCUCCGAGCCCCGCCACGAGAUUUCCCGCCUCCGCGCAGCACUUGGGACCCCGGGCGGCGCCCGGGAGUCCCGCUUCUGCGUUGGGGAGCGGCGUGGGCGUGACGUCAUCGCGCCCUGACGUCAGGCCGACGUACAGCACUGUGUCCUGGGAGACCGGGAAAGCCGUUUCGCACCUGGCAGAAUUGAAGUCUAGAUUAUUUUACUUCAGAGCUCCCUCAGUAUAUCUUGAGAAAUUAUGGAUCGUCACAUUCCCAUGCAUGCAUUACCUGAAGAAAUCCAAAAGGUUGUUACAUAAUACUGAGCAGAGUUCCCUGUGUUAUACAAUGUCUCCAGAAGAAAAAGUUUGUAAGUACUGUGGAGUCAGCUAUCUAAUUCUUCAUGAGUUUAAGGCUAUGGAAGAAAAAGUGAAAGCAAUGGAAAAAGAGAUGAAAUUUUAUCAAGGAAGUGUAGAACGUGAAAAGAGCCUUCAAGAAACACUACAGACUCUUAGCCAAGAUUUUGAACAAUACAAAAUUGACAGUGAAUCCAAAAUGGAAAGAAUUCGAGAUGCAAGCAUGCAGUUAAAAAGUCACCAAAAUGAUUUUCAGAGAGUACAGAAAGAAUUGAGUCAGUUGCAACAUGAGUUAAAAAUUAAACAAAGACAAUCACAAAUCUUCAGUCAGAGAUUGACAGAAUACAAGUAUCUCUGGAAUAAGACUCUUUCAUUACUUACUUUUAGUAAAAGAGAGCUAACCAGUAUUAAAAAUGAAGUAUAUGAUAAUUUUCAAAACUGGACUUCACUGAAAGGAGAAGUUUUUCUACAAAUUAAAUCCAUAAGUGAAACAGCCUUGACAGAAAUAAAGAUGCUAAAUAAAAGUUUGACAGUGUCCCAGAGAAAUAACGUAUGCCUUGAAGAGGAAAUGAAAAAUCUGAAACUGUUGUCAGAUGCAGCCAUAUUGAGAUCUCAGCAAAUUGAGACAUUCAAACAACAGGAAGUAAACUUGCAAACCAGAUGCCAUGACUUGCAAAAGGAAGUACUAGAUUUACAGUGUGAGAUUGAAGCACGUGGGCUAAAACUUCAAAAGGCAGUGACUGAGAUGGACAACUACAAAGAAAAGCUCAUGAAUAAAUCUAAUGAAGCUGAUGAGUGUCAAAGAGAACUUAGAAAACUGAAGUUCGAAUCCAUUAUUUCUGAGUCACGGCACACCAGAUUGCUUAAAGAAAAGGAAGACUCUUUAAUGACUUGUCAACAAAUAUAUAAAACUUUACAGGAAGAACUGACUGCAAAAGAAAGGCAAGAAGCUGACUUAAAAAGAAGAAUUAAUCUUGCAGAAAAUGAACUGGAAAUAACCAAAACCCUUCUGAAUCAGACAAAGCAAGAGGUUAUAACACUGAAAAGUGAAAGGGAAUUGAUGCUGAUUUCACAUCAGAAAAGCAUGGAGCAGUUGCAGGAAACCCUUAGACAGAAGAUGCUGAACGGUGAUAACUGGAGGGAGAAGGUUGAAGCUGAACUCGCCAAGGAAAGGGCCCAACAUUUAGUUGAAUUUCAGGAGCAAGCUCUUCUCUUUGAAGAAGUUAAACUGGAACUCGAUAUUGAAAAGGAAAAACACCAAGAAAUAAUCCAAAAAUGUAAGAAAGAAAAAGAAGAACUACAAAUGAAGAUAUCUGACUUAAUCGAAGGCGCCACUAAAGAUCUAAGGCUGAAAGUGGCUGCUCUUGAAGAAAAGCUCCAUGAAUCCCAUAUUCAAUAUACUGAAGAAUCUGAGUUAAAGGAGAAAGAAAUCGAGAACCUUAAAAAUUUGGUUGCAGAAUUUGAAUCACGCUUGAAGAAGGAAAUUGACAGUAAUGAUUCAGUUUCAGAGGACUUGAGGAAGGAAAUGAAACAGAAGUCAGAUGAACUGGAAAGAGUAAUGCUGGCACAAGCACAACUGAUACAGCAAUUCAACCAGUCCCAGGAAGAGAACACUUUUCUUCAGGAAACAGUGCGUAGAGAGUGUGAAGAACGCUUUGAACUGACGGAGGCUUUGAGUCAAGCCAGAGAACAGCUCCUGGAGCUCAGGAAGCUCGGCGGACGGUCACCCCUAUCACCAGGCUCCCUCAGCCAGGGCAGCCUAACCUCCUCUGUUGCAGCUAGCAGCAGUCAGGGAGAGAAGAGGCUCGCAAGACUGAACUCCGAAAUGAGAAUCAAAAUCCCCAGCCUGCACGGAGUGUCGAAACCCACCGCUUCCCCAGCCUCAACUCAGCCCAGCAGGGUCAGCAGCUCAGGUUUGCCCACCCUCCCCCAGCCACACCCUCCCCAGGGUCGAACGUCUUCAGUCAGUGAGACCCGGCAGAGACUGGCUGUCAUUCUGCAGAGGAGACUGAGUCAGCAGUGAUGGAGCCAAAGUCAGGAGCAGCUCCACACAGCAUGCCCGUCUUUCCCAGAGUCCAGAAACUCACUGUACGAGGAUGAAAAGGAUCAAAUUACUACCACAGAUUAAGAAUGCGUACUUACAGAUAUUUUUAACAAGACAGUUGGAAAAGCUAAAGAAUUGUGAAACCACAUUUUCCAAGAGGCCUUUGAAACUGCAACAGAUAAUGAAGUUGUUGGUAUUCCAGAGGGCCAAUUUCUAUAUUUAUGUAUUGUGUGUUUCGAUGUGCUCUAUGAAUAUGCCCUUUUAGAGAUCAUAGGUAAAAUUUUUCACCCAUAGCAUCUUUUCUACUUUUUUGCACUAUUAC